CUUUAGGAAUAAUGGGAGAAUCCCCGGCAGAUAAGCUUUCAGAAAAAUUGACAUGGUUACUUCGAUGUCUUGGAUGUCCAUUUACGGCGUUGUUUUACUCUAUCAACAUAGGAAGUGAAGAAGAAUAUCGGUGUUUGUACUGGCUUUCAUCAAGAAAAUUUUUUCUUGUCGAAUCUGAAGCAACUAAUAAAGGUGGCGAACGACAAGAAAAUGGAAAAGAAGCACAAGAUUCUGAAGAAAAAGCUGUGCCACAAGAUAUUAAAGAAGGAGUUACUGAUGAAAAAACCGAACAAGUUUCUGGAAAAGAAGUCGAACAACCAGAAAAUAAAAAAGAAGCCGAACCACAAGAACAAAGUACGGCAAGGAUAUCUGUACUGGAAAAAGGUUCGGCAUGGAUAUCAGGAUACUUCAUUUUAGUUGGUGUUUUAGCAUCAAUUUCUAAGGCGGUGGGAUCAGUUAACUGUCUAGAUUGGCCAUAUAUACCAUCAUUAUUUUCCUGGACAUUUCUGGCAGUCUACAGAAGAAUUUCUUCAAAAUACAUGGUUGUUAGAGAACCUAAUGAAAUAUUUGGAGAUCUUUCUGUUGAGCAAUAUUUUAUCCUUGGAUUACAUUAUUACUGGCUUACUUUUCGCGCCCAAUCGGAUAUGGUUGUCGUAGUAAAUUUGUCACAAUAUUCUGCACCAUAUGGUCAUUUAACAGUAUUUUAG